CCUUUACCUUGGCCGUCACCCUCAAGUAAACAGAAAUAACGAAAGCAACAGUUGCGGUUCAGGGAGUUCUAGUUCGACAAAUAACUUUGGCGUUUCGAGAGCUGUGCGGAAAGCCAAGACUGCCACUCAACGCAGCCGGAUCCCCGUGUAUAUUUAUUUUUACACAACUUAAGUAAUUAUCUUUGCAAUAGUGUAAUAAGACGCUCAUUACACUAAUAUUUCCGCUCGUUCAAUGCCCCUGAACAUAAACGGAAUCGUGUGGGAGCUGGCCAUUUAAACUUUAAAUGUUAAAACCGUUUGCAGAUUUUUAUUGAGGAGUAGCACCACGUUUGAUGAGACGGAAAAAAUGCCGCCCCCAAAAACCCUGUACGACCAAAUGGACAGCAUAGGCCAAGGUGCUUACGGCGUGGUCUACAAGGGCAAGCACAAAACCACCGGUAAAAUCGUAGCCUUGAAAAAAAUCUGCGUGCCGCUAACCGAGGAUGGAGUCCCCAUGAACACCCUCAGAGAAAUCGGGGUUCUAAAACAGCUCAACUCCCACAACCACCCCAACAUCGUCCAGCUCCUUGAUGUGUGCCACGGGGUGCAAACCGAGCGCGAAUUGUUGAUGUAUCUGGUGUUCGAACACGUAGACCAGGAUCUAGCUCUAUACAUACAGAAACGCGGGGAGUUUUCGUCGCUGCAAGUGCGAAAUAUGAGCCACGAGAUUCUCAAGGGCGUGGAUUUCCUCCACAGUAAUCGAAUAGUGCACCGAGACCUCAAACCCCAGAAUUUGUUAGUCACGAACGACGGUCACAUCAAAAUCGCUGAUUUUGGGUUAGCGAAAACGUACGAUUUCGAGAUGAGGCUCACGUCGGUUGUCGUGACUUUGUGGUACAGGGCACCGGAGGUGCUCCUGGGGGUGCCAUACGCCACUCCUGUGGACGUUUGGUCCAUCGGGUGCAUAGUGGCUGAGCUCUUCCGGCUAAGACCUUUAUUCUGUGGGAGCUCUGAGAGUGACCAAUUGAGCAAAAUCUUGAGAAUUUUGGGUAAGCCGCCACGACACGAGUGGCCAGAGAAUAAUGUGGCCAUUAGUUGGGACUCAUUUGACAACACUGACAGAGUUGAUCUUAAGGAGAUCAUACCGAAUUUGGACGAGAAUGCGCACGAUUUGCUCACAAAAAUGCUGGCGUUCGAUCCCGCACAACGAAUCAGCACGUUGGAGGCGCUGAAUCAUGUUUAUUUUACUGAAGAGCCCAUUUAGGGGUUUAAAGUUUGACGAGUGAUUUUUUUAUGAAAGACGUAUUUUGCAUUCCACAGUUUUAUUUUUGUAGUGUGGUUUUUAUUCAUCCUUGAGGGUACAUAUCAAGCUUGCGUUUUUUCAGGAUGUAAAAUUAUGAACGUAUUUUAAGAGUAGUUUAAGUAAGGGACAACACAGUUAAGAAAAAUAAAGUUUUUUUUAUUACAA